AAUGCACUCUACAACCAACAAACACAUCAUCGCCCACAACCACACGCCAAUCAAAAUGCAGAGCCACCCGUACUAUCCCCAAGAUGCGGUCAUACCGGGCUUCGUCGCCAAUAAAACCCCUCUCAUCGAACUGCUCUGCAUCUUUGGCAACCUUGUUUCCACUAUAAUCUUCUUCACAUACGUGUGUUGUUCGGUAAUCAAGCCGCCCAUACCGUCCUUUGACCAGUUUGCAACAGCCUGGUUCGCUCUAUGCGGCGUCCUCCAUCUGACCUUUGAAGGAUUCUUCAUCUUAUACAAAGAAACCAUCGCAUCCAAACAGGGCCUCUUUGGUCAGCUCUGGAAAGAAUACGCGCUCUCGGAUUCGCGAUACCUCACGCAGGAUGUGUUUACAAUAUCCGUCGAGACCAUCACGGUGUUUUGCUGGGGCCCGCUGUGCCUUAUAACAGCGUCCUCCAUUCUGUCUAGGUCUCCCAGCCGGCACUUUUACCAAGUCAUCGUGUGUACGGCGCACUUGUACGGCGUUGCGCUGUAUUACUUUACAAACUGGGUCGACUUUUCCAUGAAUGGCAUCUCGUAUAGCAGGCCGGAAACCCUAUACUACUGGGUAUACUAUGUUGGCUUUAACAUGCCCUGGGUAGUGGUCCCCCUCAUCCUCCUUGUCCAAAGCUGGUCGAGCGUGGCUGCUGGUUUUAAGGCCCUGAAAAAACAGGAACUAGAGGAGCAACAGGAGCUGGAGAAGAAACAGGAACUAGCGAAGAAAAAGGAACUAGAGAAGAAACAGGAAGAAGAGAAGAAAAAGAAAUAAAACACUGCAAGGCGGUGAUGGGAUAUAGUUCAUGAUACAAUUAUGGGCGUGCGUUUGCCUCUACCUAAUUUUCAUCUUACAUACAGUCUAGAAUAUCUCAUACGGAAGUUUGCAGCUUCUCCAAUCUAGCCGUAACAGCCUCCACCAAUGCCGUUUCUCUCGACAGUAAUCCUUGGACCUGCUGCAGCUUGGAUCGUCGCACGUCCUGAGGGAUGCGCAAGUCAGAUGCUGUCGGUGUUGGCGGUGCAUCCAGCUCGCCGCCCUUCUUGAGCGCAUCAACCUCCCCAGUCAGCUCGACCUGUAGCCUGCUGACCUCCUCUAGUCGUUUCCAGAGCUCCUGCUUGGGUGCAACGGCCUUGGAAGGAGUAGCAGAAUCCUCUGGCCGAGUAACACUGGCAUCGAUGGCGCGCACUUCCUCCACAAACGCCUUCUCCUUGCUGCUGAGAUCUCGGGUGGUAGCCUUGCCCACAAUCUUUCGUAGAUCUUCCACGCGCUUGACAAUGCGUGCCUGACGCUCUCUGGCUUCCACAAUGCGGCGCUCGUAGGCAGCGUUAUCCGACUCACCAUCGCGGUCUGCUCCAUUGAUGGUUUCAAUCUUGCCUCGGACUUCGUUGGCCUUUUGGACCUGCUGUCGAAGCUCGGACUGGAGAAGAUCACAGCGACGGAACAGCUCAGCUGCAGCUACACCCAUGCGGUAAGUCUCCUCACUAAGAACCUUGUGUGCGUCGGUAAAGAUUUGCAGAGUGAGGGGGCUGAGCUUGAUCUCCUGGUUGACAACAGUCUUGUGGCGCGAUGUCUUGAGGCGCUCCAAGAGUGCCGGCAGGGCAGAUCCUUCGUCAAAGGCGUGAGCAGGCCGGUAGACAGGUCGUGGUUCGUAAAAGUCGAGAGGCGCCAUGCUGACUUCGCGCUUGGGGACGGGGCUUUCGACACGAAUGGGGACAAUGUCGGCCUCGGGGGACUCAAAGGUAAUGGCAACAGGGUCGUAUGCGGUAGAAGACAGAAGGAAGUAGCCGAGAUCAGGGUCUCGGAAUGCAACGCAGGCAGCUAGUGGCAUGGCGACAUCAGCCGUGGGUUGGGCAUAGACUCUCUCUCUAGUAGAUUGUGAAUUGACCAACAAGCCGAGUCUAAAAUCGGUGCCGGCCUCAAACUCGCCUUGGAGUUCACCCUCCAUGCGGAAAACCCAGGACGUUAGCGAAAUAAAGGUGACACCGGCGUGGUGGGUAACAAAGAAGUUGUAGCGAGACAUGACGUCGGUACUGAACACGGGCCAGCUGUCCUCGUUGACCUCGACGGGGCUCAUGGUAUCGAUGGCCUGGAAUGCGAGCAAUGAUGGGAUAGCAGGCUCAGCAAGCAGCUUGGAGGAUUUGGACUUGUUCUUUGGUGGCAACCACUGCGCCUGCACACCUUCCAGAUCCAAGUAGACCCUCGUCUGACCACUAGCAGACAGCAGGCAAAUGACGGCUAAUGAAAGGCCUUGUUCGUCGUCGUUAUCAAUCUCCAAUACGUCGUCUUCACCAAGCAUCAAAGCGUCAGUCUCUGUCUUCUUUCCAAUCGCCAGAAUAUCGGUAAUGGUUGUGUCGAGGUCGUCACCAGUCUCAGCAUCAGAAACCAGUUCAAAAGGUCCUUGUAGUCGAGGGAUGACACCGGGUCUCGCUGGUCGGGCGUAGACCUCCAAUGGAGGUUCGCCCAUGACGCUGUUGUCCACAAUCUGGGGCUCCUGCGCAUCCAGCUCUCCCAUCCACUGUAGCUGCUGUUGAGAUAACAGCUUUUCGGCUUCGUCGAUGGAGGGGUCGUCUUCAGUACUACCAACAGUCGUGACAAUAGAAACUGACAGCGAAGGAAUAAGCGUGGGAGGCGGUGACCACUUGAGCGGCAACAAUGGGCACAGGGCAUAAACGUCACCCUCGCGCAUGGCCACCCAGAGAGUCAUGGGGUUCCAGCCGCCGCUGUUUCUUCCCGCAAAGCAAGCAGAAGCAACCUCCAUUUCAAACGAGUCCGGAGAGAAUGCCUUAUUGGUGGCAUUUGUAGAGGCAGAAAAGUCUUGGUCCAAGGUCAUGCCGUCAGCUAGCUUCUUCAAAUCGAUCGACGUGGUAGGCGAGUCAAACGACCAGCGAUCCUGUGUCGACAAUUCCCACAGUCUGACAAUAGCAUCAGCCGUAACUGUAACGAUACAAGAGCCAUUGACACCCAGAGGAUGCCACAAUGCAGAGACAAUGGGCGACCGAGACGUGACAUGUGUCGUAGGACCGAGAGUAAACAUCUUGGGACGGAGGGGCGUCGUGUCCUCACUUGUCAGGUGUGCGGAAUCGGGAAUAGCAAAGACAUGAAUCGUGUGGGUUGUUAGGAUCGCAAGAAGAUUGGCGCUGGGAGAAAUGACAAGUUGUCGAAUGUCGUCGGCAACGGGAGUCUUGAUAGU